AUGAGGAUCACCAUUUCUUCCAAGGGUCCUGCAGCUCCUCCUGCCUUACCUUUGUGUCCUCAUCCCCGGCACCCAUUUCUAGGUGUCCCUCCCACCAAUACGUUUGCACCCGUUUGUCUCGUAGCCUUCGCCUCUCCUGGACUCUUCAAGACCAGUCUCCAUCUCCAGCCUCCUUCAAGCUUGAGGCUGAAGCUGACAAUCUUAAGAGACCUUAGAGCAGCCAAGUUCAGGUGUUCGAAUCCCGACUCUAGAACUGGCGGCGUCCCAGUCCCGCGGGCGUGGAGCGCCGGAGGACCCGCCCUCGGGCUUAUGGCGGCCCCGGUUCGCCUGGGCCGGAAGCGCCCGCUGCCUGCCUGUCCCAACCCGCUCUUCGUUCGCUGGCUGACCGAGUGGCGGGACGAGGCGACCCGCAGCGGGCGCCGCACGCGCUUCGUGUUUCAGAAGGCCCUGCGUUCCCUCCGACGGUACCCACUGCCGCUGCGCAGUGGGAAGGAAGCUAAGGUCCUACAGCACUUCGGAGACGGGCUCUGCCGGAUGCUGGACGAGCGGCUGCAGCGGCACCGAACAUCGGGCGGUGACCAUGCCCCGGACUCACCAUCUGGAGAGAACAGUCCAGCCCCGCAGGGGCGACCUGCGGAAGUCCAGGACUCUUCCAUGCCAGUUCCCGCCCAGCCCAAAGCGGGAGGUUCUGGCAGCUACUGGCCAGCUCGGCACUCAGGAGCCCGAGUGAUACUGCUGGUGCUCUACCGGGAGCACGUGAAUCCUAAUGGCCACCACUUCUUAACCAAGGAGGAGUUGCUGCAGAGGUGUGCUCAGAAGGCCCCCAGGGUAGCCCCUGGGAGUGCUCGACCCUGGCCAGCCCUCCGCUCCCUCCUCCACAGGAACCUGGUCCUCAGGACACACCAGCCAGCCAGGUAUUCAUUGACCCCAGAGGGCCUGGAGCUGGCCCAGAAGUUGGCCGAGUCAGAAGGCCUGAGCUUGCUGAAUGUGGGCAUCGGGCCCAAGGAGCCCCCUGGGGAGGAGACAGCAGUGCCAGGAGCAGCUUCAGCAGAGCUUGCCAGUGAAGCAGGGGUCCAGCAGCCGCCACUGGAGCUGAGGCCUGGAGAGUAUAGGGUGCUGUUGUGUGUGGACAUUGGCGAGACCCGGGGGGGCGGGCACAGGCCGGAGCUGCUCCGAGAGCUACAGCGGCUGCACGUGACCCACACGGUGCGCAAGCUGCACGUUGGGGAUUUUGUGUGGGUGGCACAGGAGACCAAUCCUAGAGACCCAGCAAGCCCUGGAGAGUUGGUACUGGAUCACAUUGUGGAGCGCAAGCGGCUGGAUGACCUUUGCAGCAGCAUCAUUGACGGCCGCUUCCGGGAGCAGAAGUUCCGGCUGAAGCGCUGUGGUCUGGAGCGCCGGGUAUACCUGGUGGAAGAGCAUGGCUCGGUCCAGAACCUCAGCCUUCCUGAGAGCACACUGCUGCAGGCUGUCACCAACACUCAGGUCAUUGAUGGCUUUUUUGUGAAGCGCACAGCAGACAUUAAGGAGUCAGCCGCCUACCUGGCCCUCUUGACUCGGGGCCUGCAGAGACUCUACCAGGGCCACACCCUACGCAGCCGCCCCUGGGGAACCCCUGGGAACCCUGAAUCAGGGGCCAUGCCCUCUCCAAACCCUCUCUGCUCACUCCUCACCUUCAGUGACUUCAACGCAGGAGCCAUCAAGAAUAAGGCCCAGUCGGUGCGAGAAGUGUUUGCCCGGCAGCUGAUGCAGGUGCGCGGAGUGAGUGGGGAGAAGGCAGCAGCCCUGGUGGAUCGAUACAGCACCCCCGCCAGCCUCCUGGCCGCUUAUGAUGCUUGUGCCACCCCCAAGGAACAAGAGACACUGCUGAGCACCAUCAAGUGUGGGCGUCUACAGAGGCUCCUGCCCUCAGAAAUCUCCUGCUGGGGCUCUUCCCACCCUCUCCAGCUCCUUCCGUCUCACCCAGGCUAACUGAUGAUUCAAGGCCACAUGUGGCUCUUGGGAGUGGUGGGACCUUUGGUGACCCAAAGUGAGCAGACUCCCUUCAGAGCAUUCAAUUUCAAAAAGAAAGAGAAGCGCUGGUACCAGACAAACCCCUUCUCCUGCUGAGACCCAUGCAUGCCGCUGCCAGUCACUGUGAGCAGCUCACUGUGAGCCACCCUGGCCCCCUCCCACCUAACAGAUCCACCAGCAAGGAGUGGACUUUCUGACCCCAGGCCCCUGCACACGCCAUUCCCUUGGUUUGUGGGUGAAGAAACUGAGAUCAGAUAUGGAAAACCAGUACCGGGACUCAAACUCCCGUGUCCGAGUGCUUCGUUAGAAUUGCAUUUAACCAUCUGUCCUUUGCACGGGAGUUUAGAGUACCCCGGUCUUCCUGCAGAAACCCCGCCUCCCAGGGGCGGGGCUUUGGGGAGGGGUGGGGCAUAGCAGCCUGGCCGAGUUCCCCCUUAAGGCGUCCUGGAGUUCAGUUUUAGAUUGUGCAUGUCAGUUGAGGGUUGCAGAAACCUUACCCUAAUGUAAAAGUCCCCCUGCGAGUUUCCAGCACGGAUCUGAAAGGCAUUGUAGGCACCGGGGUAGACGGAGGUCGCCUGGAUCUGGAACACGUCAGCGGGCACGCUCCUCUCCGAGGUGAUGGUCAUGUAGCGGUGCACAAUGGAUGAAGGCUGCUCUCGACACAGAGGGUUGGAGGCCGGGCAGAGGCAGCGGCUAGAGACCCCGAGGUGGGGGACACGAAUGAGCUCCUUGCCCGUCCCCCCAAUUUCUCCUACCCUACAAAGGGAGGGAAUCCCAAAAGGACCCUCCCACCCCUGUGACUGGUUGUCAUGAAGGACUAUGAUUCCCAUCAUCCCUCAGGGGCACUCGCUGGUCUGAAUAGAUGCCAGUCAGCCCCAAAGCCCCCUGGGAGACGUAGUUUCUGUGGGGGCCUGGCAUCGACUUGACUCACUUCUCAGAGACCUGGAUGUAGGGCUCCACACAGCGGUUGGUGUCCACGCAGCGGUAACCCCCAUGGAAGUUAACACAAGUUUGGGCCUCGGAGCACUGGUGCGCACCAGACUCGCACUCAUCAAUGUCUGUGCCAGGGGAGAGGGGCUGGAAUCGGGGGCGUCAGGCUGCCAGCUCCUGACACCAUCCUGCCCAUCCCACCCGGGCAACCUGUACCUUGGCAGAGGCGUGUGGCCAGCAGCUGGUAACCCUGUGGGCACUGGCAGGAGAAACGGCCUGGUUCGUUGACGCAGCGGUACUGACAGAGGUAGCUGGAGUAGCUACACUCAUCAAUAUCUGAGGAAGCAUGGGAUGGGGACCCCGGGUCAAGGGCAUUCCUCACCAUUCAGUCCCACAAACAUUUCCCAAGAAGGCCCAGGCCCAUGUUAGACUGAAUGUAGGAAGACAGAGGGGGAUGAGACAAGCCACAAGCUCAGCCGGGAGAUGGAGGGUUCAAAGAAAGCUUGCCCAGGCUGCCCCAGCUCACAGACUUCUCUCUGCCCAGAACUGGAAGAAACACUAAAUAAGUUACUGGGAAUCUAGAGGCUUGGGUGUGAAUCCCACCAGCUGAUCUAGGGGAAUCUUAUUUUCCCAAUCAGUAAAAUGAGUGUGUUAGACUAGAUGAGUCUUGUGGGUCUGGCCUGUGCUGUAACACCCAAUUCCUGCAACCCACAGUCAGCCCGAGCACCCAGUGGUCACCUCCAGCUAACUGUGAGCUUCACAGGCAGAACAUUUCCUUUCUCUUGUUCCCCUCUUGCUGUCAGGUAGCAGUGAGGCCUCAUCCCGCAGCAAAGCAUAACAUAGAGGGUACAUGCCAGUUUACAGGGUGUAAGAAGUCUGGGAUCGAGCCCUGGCCCCAUCUCAUCCUGGCUGUGUGAGCUUGGACAGGUCACUUAACCUCUCUUAGCUGAAUAAUGAAAGUUACCAUUUACCCAGGACUUCGUGAUUAUUUUUAUGUAAUCCUCCCAACAAACGUGGAGGGAGAUAUGAAUGUCCUCAUUUUGUAGAGGAAGGAGAAAAUCAUACCUCCUAGGGUUCUUGAGAGGAAGGAGGUCAAGUGUGUCAGGGAAUACACUACGAGGGCAGGUUCUCAUUAAGUGGCAGUUCAUUCACUUUAAAGCACUGCAGCUUGAGACUUGCUGGAGCCCAUCUAUCACACUCUCACCUAAUCCUCAAGACAACCCA